AUGAGUUCAUCGGAGACAAGACAGAAGAAGGAAAAGAAAAAAUACACAGAAGACGAUUUAAAGAAAGCGAUAAAUGAAAUUCGAGAGACGAAUAAACCGAUUAGACAAGUAUGCAAAGAAUAUGGUAUUCCCAAGACCACAAUGUUGGACAAAAUCAGUGGGCGCCGACCAGAUGGAGUAAAGAAACCGGGACCAGAACCAGCGCUAGGAGUAGAUGGUGAAAAAAAAGUUGUUGAAUGGCUUCUUAACAUUUCCAAAUGUGGAUUUCCAGUGAAAAAGCAGGAAUUGUUGGAUACUAUUCAGAAAAUAAUUCGAGAAGGGGAGUUAAAAAAUAAUUUCAAAGAUGAUCGCCCAGGUCAAAAGUGGUUUGAAAAAUUUUUGGCCAGGAAUAAAGAAAUUUCACUUAAAAAUGCGGAGGGUAUUAAUAAAGCUAGAGCCCAAGUCACAGAAGAAUCAAUCAGAUUGUGGUUUAGAGAAUUAGAGGAAUAUUUGGGCAGUAUACACCAAAAAGAUAUUUUGAGUGACCUGAAAAGAAUUUUUAAUGGGGACGAAAUUGGUUUUGCACUCUGUCCAAAGACAGGAAAAGUUUUAGGUCCAAGAGGGUUCAAAAACUUAUACCAAAUAAAGCCAAGCAACGAAAAAGAAAACAUAACGGUAUUAUUAACAUGUAAUGCGAAUGGAGAUAUGUGUCCACCAUGCAUCGUGUUUCCAUACAUUAGACCACGAAGAGCUGUAGUAAAUAGUAUGCCUCAAGAAUGGUGCUUAGGCAGAUCGGAGACAGGUUGGAUGAAAGGAGAUAUAUUCUUUGAAUACAUCACCAACGAGUUUCACAACUGGGUAGUGGAAAAUAACAUAAAAAAACCAGUGCUUCUGGUAGAUGGGCAUAAAUCGCAUAUGUCCUUAAUUUUAAGCAAGAUGUGUGAAUAA